AUGCUAAGUCAGGGUAUAAUUAGACCAUCGGAAUCUGCCUGGAGCUCCCCUAUUUGGAUAGUACCAAAAAAACCUGAUGCUUCAGGAAAGACCAAAUGGCGUUUAGUCGUAGACUUUCGGAAAUUAAAUGAAAAAACUAUUGACGACAAAUAUCCGAUUCCCAACAUUAAUGACGUUUUGGAUAAGCUAGAAUAUACAGAUUGCUUUGAAAAAUGUAAAAACCUUUUAACUAAUGAUCCGAUUUUGCAAUACCCAAACUUUAAUAAGGAGUUCAUCUUAACUACCGAUGCUUCCAACGUAGCUUUAGGCGCUAUAUUAUCACAAGGCCCCGAAGGUGCAGACAAACCGAUUUGUUACGCUUCUCGCACGCUAAACGACAGUGAGUUAAAUUAUAGCACAAUAGAGAAGGAGCUCCUCGCGAUCGUUUGGGCAACCAAAUAUUUCCGGCCCUACCUUUUUGGCCGCAAAUUUAAAAUCAUUACCGACCAUAAGCCGCUUCAGUGGGUCAUGCAGCUAAAAGAACCUAAUGCGCGUCUAACUAGAUGGAAACUCAAGUUAUCCGAGUAUGAUUUCACUGUUAAGUAUAAAAGUGGUAAAUCGAACACUAACGCUGAUGCCCUUUCGCGCGUCGAGAUACAUAACGAGGAAACGGAUUCGAUGAUUGCUCUCGCGUCGGAACGACCGCCCUCUGUGGAAAAUUCGUCCACAGCAUCCGCACAUACCAGUAAGGAAAACCCCAUUCUCGAAGUUCCUAUUGUAGACCAGCCGCUUAACAAAUUCCAUAGGCAGAUUGUUAUCUCCGUGGUUGGUGACAUAAAGAAACGCCCCGUAGCUUCCAAGCCGUUUGACACUCAUAACAGAAUAGCUGUGCAAGUAUCUAAAUCAGACCUUGAGAAUGACGUUGUAAAUCUUGUAAAGGAAUACAGACCUGUUGUGCACCUGCCCCCCAUCGUCCUUAAUGUAGUAAAAGAAGCAGCAUCAGAUUGUAUUAAAGAAACUGGAGCCAACCAGGAGGUUGCCGAUAAUUUCUUUAAGCUUAUUUUCGGUUCCGAUUUACCGAGUAAGAAGUUUUUAUACUGCCUCUGUCGUAAAACGAACUAUGGCGACGAAGAUGGCCAUUUAAACGACGGCCUACUAACUCUCUUUGCGGGCAGCGAUCGCAAAGACGACGUGCAGAAGGUUCUUGAAAACUGCAACAAGAGUAAAGACAAGACUAACGUUAAUACCAUGUAUCAAACGGUUAUGUGCUUUUAUAAAAAUACUCCGGUGUUAUUGGCUUUAUAA